AAUGAAGAACAUUAUUUAGGUGACACUCCAGAGAUGAAGUGUUCUUCAGGCAUCGUGAUUGUCUUACUCUUCAUGCUAGGACAAACCCAUGGAGACUCAGUGAAACAGAUGGAAGGCCAAGUGACCCUCUCAGAAGAGGCUUCUUUGACUAUAAACUGUACUUUCUCAACAUCAACGACACCCACUCUCUUCUGGUAUGUCCAGUAUCUGGGAGAAGGUCCACAGCUCCUCCUGAAAGCAUUAAGAGACAAGGAAAAGGGAAUCAACAAAGGAUUUGAAGCAACCUUGGACAGUUCAUCCAAAUCCUUCCACUUGAAGAAAGGCCCAGUGCAAAUGUCAGACUCAGCCGUGUACUACUGUGCCCUGGGUGAUUCUGAUGCAAGUGGCUCCAGCUAUGGAAAGCUGACCUUUGGACAAGGGACCUUCUUGACCGUCCAUCCAAAUGUCCAGGACCCUGACCCCUCUGUGUACCAGAUGAGAAGCCCUAAAUCCGGUAGGACUGUCUGCCUGUUCACCGACUUUGAUUCUCAAGCUGAUUUCCAAAAACCGGAGGGGGCCACAGUGAUCAGCUUGAACAGUACUGUGCUGGACAUGAAGGUUAUGGAUUCCAAGAGCAAUGGGGCCCUGACCUGGAACAGCGAGACUAAUAUUGAAUGCAAGGAAAACUUCCAGCAGCCCUUCUACCCCAGUUCAAACUAUUCCUGUGAUGCCAAAUUGAUAGAGAAAAGCUUUGAAACAGAUAUGGACCUAAACUUCCACAACCUGCUAGUGAUUGGGCUGCGCAUCCUCCUCCUGAAAGUGAUCGGAUUUAACCUGUUCAUGACACUGCGGCUGUGGUCCUGCUGAGGUCACCAAGGAUGUGAGAGCCUGGCACUCCCCUGCUCCUGGCUAUGCACUGUACCUCUCCCACCUCUUCAAGCAGAAAGGCUUGAAGGCUCUCUGCCUCCAUGGAGAAGAAGGCUCCCUCUGCCUCUCUGGCCCCACUGGCAACACCGCCAACUGGAUCCUACCAGAUAUUUGUGAUCAAGAUGCUGAAGAGCUGCCAAACACUGUCUCCACCCUCUUUGUUCCCUCAUUGCUGCUUCUCACUCCCUGUGAAGGCAGGGAGCUGCUGCGGCCUCUCUUGGCUGUGGGGAGACUCCCAGCCCCUCCCCUGAGACUGUCUCUUAUGUCCUCUGGGAUGAGGGAUCCCCAGUGGGUCCUCUUGGGCUCUAGCUCCUGAAGAAUGUUGUGAGGAGUUUUGUUUUGUUUUUUUAAUAGUGUUCAUAAAGAAAUAUGUAUCCCCUUUUCCCCCAAGAUGUGGGGAAAAUGAUUAUCUAGGCCCUGCUACGCUGUUACAUGAGCCACAUUGUAUAUUCUGCUACCCUUCAUUAAAGGCAG